UUGCCGCCGGCGAUAGCGAGAGGAGAACGGAUGGGCUGAUUAAUUAUAUUGCCCUCUGACACGAGCUACGGCUCUUCCACUCCUUUCCUGCGCGAGUGACUGAGAUGCGGAGGGGGCGAGAUCGUGUGCGGUCGUUAACGAUCUCGCCGCGUCCUUGUGUGCUUUUUUGCGCGAGAGACGCAGCCCUUUUUUUUAUCGCUCUCCCCAGCAUUGUUCCAUUGUCGAAUACACGCGGGCGUAUCGGGAUUAUCGGGGCCGACGGGGCGAGAAUGGAAAAUUAUAUAGCUGCGCCCUACCCCAGAGGCUGGUGUGUGCAGUUUUUCAAUCGAUGAAAUUUCAUUGUUCGGGAGCUUGCGCCAGGGAUUUUGAAUUGCUCCUGUUUACAAAACUAUUCAGAUAUUAUACCGUGUGUAUAAUAGGCUAAAGAAUCCGUGACAAACUUUCCUGGCAUCUUUUUUCCUUCGCGGCCCAGCCAACCGAUCCGCAUGAAAGAUUGAACGACGACCCUCGAGUUACGCGAAUUAAGAUUGCAAGAUAAUCUUCGCCUGCCUACUCUCGGGCUCCUCAUCGCGAACGAGAUAAAGCACGACGCGACGAGCUUUUAGCGUUAAAUCUUUCGAGUGCGCUGUCGCUUGAAAAAUUAAGCCCCGGGACUCGCCGGCUUAUAUACACAGCGCGUGAAUGAUUAAUUGCAAAAGGCUGUUCUCGACUUUCAACGGCUUUGUGUGUGUGUGUGUGUGUGUGUCUGUUUGAGCGAAUCCGAUUAGCCGUAAAACCUGAAACGAAACGUCGCAAAAGCGUGUAUUAUAUGUGUGACGAGAGAUCGACUAGGAACUUUUCCAACGAAGUGUAACGUAAAGUUUACGUUAUUAUACGUGUAUACCUGCGCUCCCCGUUGUGCCGCUCGAGAAAAGUUCGUUUGUAUAAAGGAUAGAGAUAGUCGAGAGCUUUGAUCGCCGGUAUGGAAAAUUGGAUCGAGUGCUCGGAACUCGAAAGUUGGAUUGAUUCGGCGCGGGGGAAAAAAGUUCUCGCGACUUUCUUCCUUCUCCUCCGCGCUCGUUUUGCGUAAUAGCAGCAGUUUUAUAUUUCCCUCGUUUUUAUUGAUUCCCCGACGAAAUUAAUCUACCCUCGAUAAUCGCGUCGAGAGAAAAGAGCAAUAAAAGCUCGUGGUGAAGAGUCAUCGAGCUGUAAAAAGCUGAGCCGAGCGUCGUCUAUCCCCCUGUGAGGCGCAGCAGCAGACGCAGAAACAAGGAUGCCCGCACCGACGUCAGCCGCCGGGGCGGCCGAGCCUGGCCCGCCCCGUACCGAGCUCCAGGAGCUCCAGUUCAAGGCCGAUCAAACGACCGAUGAGUCGCUGGAGAGCACGAGGCGUAUGCUGGCGCUAUGCGAGGAGAGCAAGGAGGCCGGCAUCCGCACUCUGGUCGCACUCGACGACCAGGGAGAGCAACUCGACCGCAUCGAGGAGGGCAUGGACCAGAUCAACGCCGACAUGCGCGAGGCUGAGAAGAACUUGACGGGGAUGGAGAAGUGCUGCGGGCUCUGCGUUCUUCCCUGCAACAAGGGCGCGAGCUUCAAGGAGGACGAGGGCACGUGGAAGGGCAACGACGACGGCAAGGUCGUGAACAACCAGCCCCAGCGAGUGAUGGACGAGCGCAAUGGACUUGGGCCCCAGGGCGGCUACAUCGGCAAGAUCACGAACGACGCGCGCGAGAACGAGAUGGAGGAGAACAUGGGCCAGGUCAACACGAUGAUCGGCAAUCUCAGGAACAUGGCCAUCGACAUGGGCAGCGAGCUCGAGAAUCAGAAUCGCCAGAUCGACAGGAUCAAUCGCAAGGGCGAGUCGAACGAGACGAGGAUACAGGUAGCGAACGAACGGGCUCACCAGCUGCUGAAAUAAGUCGCCGACGUCCCGAUGAGAUCCAAGCGCAAACCCGGACGACGAUGAUGAUGAUCAAUGAUACACGACACACUAAUGGAUCCGCGCGGACGAAAGCAAAAAUUCAUGAAAUCUAUAUUGUUAUUCACGCAUUACAUCGGUAAAAAGAACGCGUGCGCGUGCGCGGGCCUCCGCUACUUACAUCCAACAACAGCAACAACUAUCUAAUGCAUAUAAAACACAGAGAUAACACACGAACUGUGUCUAUACCACAAUGCUAUCUAUAUACUCUACUACUAUCUCUACUACAGUGCGUUGAUUUUCGCGUUUGAUUGUACCUUAAUUAUAUCAUCACGUCAUUAUGUGUACCGGAAGAUUUCGCGAGUAUGAAAAAACGGAGCGACGGAGAGAGCGCCACCCUUAUUGCUGUAUACCGUCACAGACGCACGCCCAUACACGUACACACAUACACACACACACACCUACUGUAUACUUCAAGCGAAUAAAGCUCAGUGUCGUCGAGCCGUGAGAGCGUCGACUUUGAUUAUACGAAUCCGUUAUGUAUAUUAUACACGUCUAUUUAUCGAGUAUACGCAGCCCUUGCAGUAAUUACUUAAAUGUAUACAUUGUACUGGUGCAUCAUGUAUCAUUGCGAGUUAGUUAUAUAGUACGUUGUCGCGACGUCGACGAAGGGUUUUUGCGUAGAUUUAUCAAGGGAGGAGGAAAAAAAGGCGUCGCGUCGCUUCGAGAUUAUUAGUUUAUUAUAUAAUUAUUAUUAUCUAUAUACAUUGAAAAAAGACAGCGCAGGAGAGAGGAAGAAACUCGAGCUACUGAACUUUUGCUGCGGCAGCGUUUCUCUUCUCUUUCCGCGUUGUUUAUCGCGACACAUACACAGACACACACACACACGCGCGAACGCUUAAGGGUCUUACGUAGUUGGAGCAGUUUUAAUCUCUGACUUUUUCCUUCACGAGUACAAAGUGUAUCAGCCGUUUUUUAAAUUUCCAUUUUUACGGAUAUAUGUGUAAAGUGCCCCCCCCCCUAUACUCCUCCCUGCAGUAUACGUCUUUGUCUCUCUCACACACACACACACACACGUUAUAAAAAAGCACACGAGACGCUCGCGUCUCUGCUUUUAUGUAAUAACAACGUGCGAUACGAAUCGCGUAUAGGAUUUAUUCUAUAGAUCGUAUACUUGACCACACCCCACCUCAGCAAACGAUGAAAAAAAAACAAACGUUUAAAGGAUAUGCGUAUUUUUCCCCCUCGUGUACUUACGCCGCGUUUAGUACAUCGCGGGUUUUUUCGGAGCAGCGUUAAAGAAAGUAAUGAACGGAUUGAAAAAAAUAGAAACAAAAAAACAAACGAUUUAUAUACAUAACGAUACGAUAUAACGAUAUAUAUAUAUAUAUAUAUUUGUAAUGGCAAUGAGUCGGUUCAGUUUUACGUGCCUUUGAUCGUUCUCGUUUCUCAUUCGUAAGACCCUUAUCGACAGGAAAAUUGAUAAAUUAUAAAAUCCAUCACUUCGGUCCGCGCAUCCACGACGACACUAAUAUUAUACUCUCUUAUGACUCUCUCUCUCUCUCUCUACAUGUUGUAACGAAAAAAAAAACAUUAAUAAUAAUAAUAACAGAUUUACUGUAUACUCCCCGUCUCAUUAUCGUUCGAGCGCGUAAUAAGCGACAAAUAUACAACAAACCGCAACCUCAAAGCAUGUGCAAAGUAUUGACGAGCAAGCAAACGAAAAAGAAAACAAAGUAACGAGUAAUAACAGUAAUAAAUAAAUAAUAAUCAAUUACAUACAAUUAUUGUAAAAGCAAAGUAUAAAAGAAAGCCGUUUUUUCCUCUACUAUCCUAGACAUUUGUCUCUGCAUAGAGCGACGAUUUUUCUAAUUAGGGGCGCGCCUAAGCCGCGCCUGUCGUAUAGUUUUUUUUUCUCGCGGAACGAUUAUCAGAGUUCUAUUAACGAUAACAGACAAACUCACUCACUCACACGUACACACACGCACACCCUCUACCAACGAUGUAAUCCUGCAUAUCAGGCGUGAUGCGGACGGUCCGCGCGUCUCUCUACUUGACUCCCCCGUUUAUAAUAUUAUUAUUAACGUAUUAUACGAUGAUAUUGAGGUGCCGCCGUUAGUGGCGCGGCGGAGUUUAACCGACACAGGCACACGAGUCCUAGAAACAUUUCGAGCGAUCUCGAUCAUUUUGUCUCUUAUAUUAUAUCGAUAUUUAUUGUAAGCGAGUAAAAAAGAGGAGGAAAGCAAGCAUUACCGCAAAACAAAGAAAAAAAUGUUGAAAAAAAAAUGGAAAACACACAACGAUCUUUAUAAGUGCAUUGAUAUCACAACACGGGUUAUGAUCGUCGGUGGGACGAUGCUCGAACAACGCGCGACACGUGUCCACCGCGUAAUAUUAUAUUCUGUACGUAUGUAUCGCGAGUGUAUAACUUUUUCGAGCGCGUUUGCACACAUGAACACAGCGUAAUUUUCAUUGAGUUGUAUAAAAAAAAAAAAAAAAAACGAAGGUUGAGGCAUUACACACAUUAUAGAGAGAACGGAUGAUGAUAUGACAAUGAUAAAUUAAAACGUGUCUCGAGCAUCUUGCCUACCGUCGUUGUACCAUUGCUGCUCAGGAUAGUAGAGGAGUAUGUAUUAACUUAUAAUAGGGGAAAAUUUUUGCCAAGCGAGAGAACGAGAGAGAUGAAACGCAGGUGCUACUUAAACAGUCCCGCGUAUAAUUUCGGAUGCUAAGUGUGUCGAGGAACCAAGAAGCGGACGAUGAAGGGGGUGUACAAGGGAGAAGCGUAUAACGAGAAAAAGCCGAAAGUACGAGUCGAGUUUUAACGAGCGGAGACUCUCCUUUAGUUCGCCUCCUUUCUUUCUUUCUUCUCUUUUUUUUUUGUAAGACGAACAAGUGCGGAGUAAGAAGUUUAGCGAUGUUUGCACGAGGAGUUUAUUACUUAAAUGAAUCAAGCGAAGAGCGCAGCGCAGCGAGCCGAGAAUAAAGUAAGAAAAAUGACUCGCAGCAGCACCGCAACCCCCGUGUCGCGUACAUAAGCUGUAACCCUCAAGAAGGAGAAAACGAGGCGUUUAAGAAAGAGAGAGAGGAGUAAAGAAGACACGUGUAUACUCGCGAUCGCAUCAGAGGUCGCGAGAGAAGCUUAAUAUACUUACAACUGGAGGAUAUUAUGGAAGGACUACGUCGACGACAACACCACCAGCGAGAUAGCGGCGAGAGGCGACGACGAUGCUGAUGAUGAUGAUGAUGAUGAAAAAAAAACUUGUACAUUAUUGUAUUUACACAGAGGCUUGUACAUGUAUUGUAGAGAAACAAAUAUUGUAGAACCGAUAUAGCGAGAAAGCGAUGUGAGCGAGCGAGAUUAUAAUGUGCGAGAGAAAGAUGUAGGAGCGCGCGACAAGUGAUGAUUCGAUAUGUGUAUGUUGUUGUAGUCCCUGCGCGCCAAUUUCCGAGGUGGAACUCUUGCGUAAGGUGCGGCUUCGGGAAGGGGAGAGAUUCCGCGAGCCUGGGGGAACUGUAUACGCGAUUUCCUUGGUUUUUUCUACUGUUACACUCACACAAACACACUGACACGCGUAUACAUAUUUACGAAACUUGAACCGUCCUGCGUUUCCCCUCUUAGCACGUAUAAUCUAUAUGUAUAGACGAACGAUGGAGAACGUUGUACUUUAAUUUCCGCGGGUCCUGAUUUCAAAAUCGAAUCACGAGCAUACAAGAGCUGCUCUUUCGCCUAAUCUCAGUAUUAUUCCACGCCACACACAAACACACAGCGGGAUCGAUCGCACUCGUGGCCGAGAAACUUGUCAUGUGUCGCGAGAGCGCGCUGAGAGGAGAAAGAGUGCGAGGCCGAGCUCGUUAAAUUUUCACGAGUCGCCUCGAAAUUUUUACGAUGCUAUCCUCCACCUUCUCUCGUUGCUUCUUCUUCUUCUUCUUCUUCUUCUUCUUCUUUUGCUCAUCUCACGCGACUUCGUUUUUCGCCCCCGAGCUCUCGUUCGCUCUUGACCCACUGUUUAAAAAAUGACGAUCGAGCAGCGGCCGCGAGAAGAACGUGUCCUGCUAAAGUUUAUCUCGGUUAUGAUAUGUGCACAGCCACACACCUACACAGCACGCACACACACACACAUCCACAGUUGAUAUAUGAUAUAUACAAAAAUAUAAUACGUCAGGCCUAUAUACAUAAUUGACGAUGUAUAGAGCGACGAUGAUGAUUUUGCCCGCGGGACGCUUAUAUACGCGAUAUACAAAUAUUUUGCGAGAGGCGGAAAGCGGCGUUAUAGAGUUACAAUGUUAUUGAGUGCGCGAGAGGGUGCAAAGCGAACGGCUGAUUCGUUGAAUGAACUCGAGAACGAUUAUUAUACAAGUGCGUUGUAGUUGUGUCCGUAUACACAUAUACAUAUUAUACACAGGCGACGAUAUAUAAUAUAUAAUAGUCGGUACGGUGCAGCUGGGCAGUAUAAAUGUGAAUUGCAUUAUUACACACACGCGAGAUGGAGCGCGCGGGGAACUGGCCUCGUUUUCAAUUUUUAUUAUGUUCUCGCGCGCUGUCGGCGGAUUCGACGCGAUGUGUGCCGAAGGAUAAGCCCAGCCGUUUUUCUUACCCCCAGCCUCGAGGCGAAGAGUAGGACUUUCUUUUGAGAGGGAUAUACUUUUUCUAGGAUAAACGUUUCGACGGAGAAGGCUGCGCUUUCGGUUUCUUGUUAUUGUAAGCUUCGAAAAAUAUAUAUACUCGAAAGUAUCGCAUUUACGGUGUAGAAUGAACAUAUCCUUCGCGUGGGCGUCGAUUCGCCGGCAGCGCGCGCUGGCUUUGCUGUCUUUUAAUAUCGCACACAUUUAACGAACGAAAAAAGAUGAAGCGCGCGUAUAACGAGGAGUAAUGGCUGUCAGUAAAGCAAGCGAGGCAGAGAAUUUCGAUAACGAAGCCAUUUUGCCGCCGAAGCAUAUUAUAAAGCAGAAAAAAAAACUCGUAAUCCGUAAAUGAAUCCACGUAUAAGAGCUAAUAACCGCAUAGACGUAAUCGAAAAAAGUUUGUGAUAAACACGAAGGUGCAACAGAAAAUAAUAAAAAAAAAAAACAACAACAA